AGGCUUAAGACGACCUUAUCUACCUUCUAAACUGAAGAGUCGCAUUCGAAAUCGAAAGUUGAAUGUGCAAAAGGGUUUGGUUUGCAUGUCUUGACAGAAAGAAGUUUUACUUUCAGCAAGAAAUGAAAGUAUUGAGGAUCAUUUUUCAUUACUAAUGUUGACCUGAUUCCAGAUGGUGAAGAACUUAAAAGACAGCAUUGAUGGCAGGAGCUAGCAUUCAAGACAGGCCUCCCACAGAGAAAGAACUGGUGGAAGUCAGCAAACAUAUCGGGGCCGGUUUCGAGCUUUUGGGAGCUUACCUAGGCAUCAACAGCAUAAAGAUCCAACAAAUUGUGAUGAACAAUAGCUUCAGUGUAGAGACACAGAUUUUUAAAAUACUUGUCGCCUGGAAACAGAAGGAGGGACGUCAAGCCACAGUGAGAAAACUCCUGGAGGCCGUAAAAAACAGCCCGGGGAACAUUAAUGUAGGGGAGAUAGAGAGGAUUUUUGACACGUGAUGUUUGACAUGUGAUAUUUGACUCGUGAUAUUUGACACAUGAUAUUUGACAUGUGAUAUGUGAC